AUGGAUUAUAUGGGUUCAACAUCUACGGCUCAAUACACACGUAUGAGUCGUCGACCACAACAACGUACUUAUUUACCAUCUAUUGGUAAAUAUGAUACUCGAACAUCAAGUGUUCCACCAUAUUCCGGUCUACUUACUCGAUCAGCUUCACUUUCAUGGCGUCCAUCGACAUAUUAUCAAUUUGGAUGUAUUGAACCAACACAAUCAUUAAAUACGUCAACAUCUACACCAUUUAGUUCGUCAAAUUAUUUAAAUAAUAUUGAUAAUGUUAAAGUACCACCAAUAUUUCCAUCAGCUCGUCAAGCACUUUAUACACGUUAUACACCAAAAGAUUGGUAUAAUGCUCAAAUAACAAAUUAUUUAGCAUCGGAUAAAAUUCGUUCUGCAGCUGCACAUUUACGUUCUGAUGCUAUACGUUUAGCACGUGAAAAAGAUGAACAAUCAUAUAAAAAUAAUCUUGAAUCAUCAAAACGUUUAGGUGAACGUAUAAAUGAUAUUGAAUAUUGGAAAAAUGAAUUAGAAAAAACAAGAGAUAAAUUGAAACGUAAAAUAGAUGAUGUUGAAUUUAAACGACGUGAAGUUGAACGACACUUAGCUGAAACAGAAAAACCAUUACGUAUAGCUCAAGAAAAUUUAUAUGAACGUGAAAAACGUCAAGGUAUUGAUCUUGUACAUGAUAAUGUUGAACGAGAACUUAUUCGAGAAAUUGAUACAAUUAAAUUAUCACAACAAAAACUUCGACAAAUGCUUGAACGUCUUAAUACACAAAAUGCUCUUAAUCGUGCUGCAUUACAUGAAUUAGAACUUGAUGCACAAGAUAAAUUUCGUGCUCGUGUACUUGAUUCAGCUGCUCAUCAUAUUAAAACAACAUCGCAUGGCGUUAACUUUUAUAACGGCAUUGAAAAUGUGGAUAAUACUAUAUCGGUACCUGAAACAUGGACACGAUAUACAGAAGAAAAUAUCCGUCGAGCAUUUAGUGAAAUGUCUCAAUCGGAUGAAUUACUCAAUGCAAGUAAUCAACUUAUGGCAGCAAGUAAUGAUGAUAUGUGGUCACAAUGGAAUCAUGUUAAUGUUUCACUUGAAAAUCGUGUACAAGAAGAACAAGUAGCGAAACAUAAAAUUCAAUGUCAUCUUGAAAAGAUUCUUCAAGAAAUCUUUGAUGUUGAACAAAAUAUUGAAUUUUUGAAAAAAACUAUUGCUGAUAAAGAAGUAUUUCUACAAGUUGCUCAAACACGUCUUGAAACACGUACUAGACGACCGAAUGUUGAAGCAUGUCGAGAUCCUGCUAUGCAUAGAUUAACUCAAGAAAUUCAUGAUUUACAUGCAGCCAUUGCUGAUCUUCAUGGUAAAUUACGUCAAGAAGAAAAUGCUGUACAACAUUUAUUACGUACUAAAUCAACAUUAGAACAAGAUUUAGCUAUUAAAAAUAAUUCAUUAUUUAUUGACUCUGAUAAAGUUAUGGGUAUUCGACGUACAUUUACAAUGGGUGCACCAGAAAAAAGUUCCGUUACUUCGGUAACCUAUUCUCAUCCACGUGGUCUUAUUAGUGUGUGA